UGUCCUUUUCUAAUUUUUAUAGUAGUAGCUGGAAGAGUGUAGAAUUCACUGGAAUUAAUGGCAUCUGCUCUGAUCAAAUCCAGAAUUAACUCUGCCCUCCGCGGCGGUGCAUUCAAGAGGAAUUUCUCUUCUUCCGCCCACCACGAUGAGGCUCGUGAAGCAGCUAAGUGGGAGAAAAUUACUUACGUUGGAAUAGUUACCUGCGCUAUUCUUACAAUCUUUAAUCUCUCUAAGGGUCAUCCCCACUAUGAAGAGCCUCCUCCUUACCCGUAUCUGCACAUCCGUAACAAGGAGUUUCCAUGGGGUCCGGAUGGCCUUUUCGAGAGGAAGCAUCACUAAAAUCUGUAUAUAUAUAUUCGUGAAGGCUUUAAAAAGUUCAACGAACAGCAUCAUUGAUUGAAGUUGUGUUGAAUAUGUUUGAAUUUACUUCAGAUGUUUUAUGCUGAUACUAAGGCCAUAUCUGUGAUGUACUCUCUCCCUCUGGUGUUCUAUAUUGUGCAUGUUAUGUUUCU